AUGUCUACCCCUCCCCCAACUCUCGGUCUUCGGGGUGAGUAUAACCCAGAACUUCGGAAACGCGAUGAAUGGGCCAGGUUGGCUACCACCCUUACUGCCCUUGGCACAAUGAAAGAAGCUUCGCCGGGGCCUCCCAAGACAGAUUUCAGUUCUCUGUGGGGUGCCCGAGAUGCCGAUUUCAGCUUUGAGCUCAUCUACCAGAAUCGAACCUUGUCUACGUUCGAUGUCCUGCAUCAGAUACACUCUAUCAAGCUCAAUGCGCUUUUGUUGACUCCUAGUCGAUUAAACGUAACCACGAGACACCAAACUGCGACUGCAAUCCAGAAUUUUACUGAAGCCAACAAGAACUCAUUGGGGGUGAUUGUGUACUUGAUGGAUGCGAUAUCGUCAGGCAACGAACAGAUCGAUGCAGUGCAGUCUCUCGGUGCACUACACCACUGCCUUUCAUUAGGCUUCGCAGAACCACCUCCUGUCCUUGUUGUGUCCGACGCAUCCUACCUCCUGGAUUGCAUAGGCGCUUACAUGAAGAGCGUCUCCCGCGCAAACCCGAUCGCCUGUUCCUGCGCCUGCGCCUACAUCAUUUCCGCCUUCGAAGUUUUCGUUUUCAACCCAGGCCAAAAAGUGAAGCUCCAGGUACAGGCAUUUCAGAAGACUGGUCGCUUUUCCGAGAAGGAAUAUCUUCGAUUCCAGGCAUUUGAACCUGGCGAGAGUCAGCACGAUAUUAUGAAUGAGCAUUGGACUUUUUCUUAA